AUGUUACUGGUCCUCACAUGUCGCCAAAUCAACGCUCCGAUGUACUUCUUCCUCAGCCACCUGUCUCUCAACGACAUCCUUCUCUCCACCACCAUCAUACCUGAAAUGCUCCACAUUAUAUUGAAAGGGGGAAGUUCUAUUUCUCUGUCUGGCUGCUUCACUCAGUUUUAUUUUUUUUCAGUAUCUGUUGCUAACGAAUGUCUCCUCCUCACCAUGAUGUCCUACGACCGAUAUUUGGCCAUCUGUAACCCAUUGCGUUAUUCCUCCAUCAUGGACCUCAAACUUUGUAUUCUUCUUGCAUCUUCAUGUUGGGUGUGUGGGAUACUUAUCGCUUUACCACAUAUUGUUCUUUUCGACAAGAUGACCUUUUGUGGGUCAAAUAUCAUUAACCAUUUUUAUUGUGACCUGCUUCCACUUCUUAGGCUUUCUUGUUCAGACACAUCAGCGAACGAAAUAGUAAAUGCUGUUAACUCUGUCCCAAUGGCCUUUCUACCACUAGUGUUUAUCUCUAUAACUUAUAUAAACAUCAUUCUCGCCAUCAUACGGAUCUCAAAUUCCGAUGGAAGACAAAAGGCCUUCUCCACCUGCAGCUCUCAUCUCACCGUGGUCUGUAUGUAUUAUGGGACCUUGUUGUUUAACUAUUUGGUUCCACCUAAAGACCAAUACUUAGGUUUCCAUAAAAUGGUUUCUGUGUGCUAUACCGUCGUGACCCCGCUGUUGAACCCUCUUAUAUACAGUCUAAGGAACGAAGAGAUUAAACGGACAGUACUCGGGAAACUUGAGGAAGCUGAGCCAACGUACUGA